AUGCGGGGUGCGGGGGUGCUCCCCAGCCCCGCCGAGGCUCUGCCAGGCAGAGCACAGAGGAUGACAGUGACAGCCACCCACGCUGUCACCGGGAACCCCACAGUCCCGCCGUUCCCAGCAGAGAUGGACACGGCAAUUUUCGGCAUGGGCUGCUUCUGGGCCGAGCAGCUCUUCUGGAACACGCCAGGGGUCUUCUCCACCCAGGUGGGGUUCUCAGGAGGCUUCACCCCUAACCCCACCUACGAAGAGGUUCGCACAGGGCUGACGGGGCACGCUGAGGUGGUCAGGGUGGUCUUUGACCCCCAGAAAAUCAGCUACGAGGAGCUUCUCAAAAUCUUCUGGGAGAACCACGACCCCACUCAAGGCAUGAGGCAGCAGGAGGACGUGGGCACCCAGUACCGCUCCGUCAUCUACACCCUGGGCCCCCGGCAGCAGGAAACUGCCCUCCGGAGCAGGGACCUGUACCAGCAGGAGCUGGGGACACAGCGGCAUGGGGACAUCACCACUGCCAUCGAGCCGGCCCGUGACUUCUACUACGCCGAGGACCAUCACCAGCAGUACCUGCACAAGGUGCCCGGGGCCUCCUGUGGCAUGAAGGGCACCGGGAUCACCUGCCCCAUCACCUGCUGAGGGGCCACCCUGUGUGCCCUGGGCUGUCCCCACGUCCCCUGGGCUGUUCCCAUGUCCCCUGCACU